CGCUGCUCGCCUGAGAGCAGGCGCGCCUGUGACAGUGGAGUGCAUUGAUUCAUGCUGUUGUGGAGUCUCGUUUCUGGUUUUUGGGAAACAAUUAAUGCGACCAGACAAGAGCGCAUGAAGGUAGAGAAGAUGAACGUCGAGGCUCUAAGCCGAGCAGAGCUGCUGACUCUCCUCAGUAUCCUUGAGGGAGAACUGGAGGCCCAGGAUGUAGUCAUACACACCCUCAGAGCCCAACAUCGAGAGGAGUUUAUCCAAGACCGGUAUGGGCAGUACGACCUCAGUGACCCAUUUCUGGCCUUGCAGCGUGACGAUGAAGCCGCAGAGCGCCAGAACACCCUCAGGCAGCCCCAAGCACAUCCGCAUGGUCGGGCGGUGGGUCCAAACCCUCUGGCUGUGCUGAAACUGGUCAUGACUCACUGCAAGAGGAUGCAGGAGAGGAUGAUGGGACAGUUGGCUGCUGCUGAGAGCAGACACAGGAGGAUGAUUGCUGAUCUGGAGGAGGAGAAACAGCGGUAUGCUCAGGAGUCUACUCGGCGUGCUGACUAUGUAUUUGUACUAGAGACAGAAAGAGAUAAGCUGUUGCAACAGCUGGAGGUGGAGCGUGCAACAGUGCAGAGGUUGGAGAAGGAACAGGCACAAGUGGUGACCAAGGUGGAGGAGUCGCUGUCCCAGCAGCAGCAGCUGUCCUCCAGUCUGACGUUGGAGCUCCAAAAGGCCAGUAGCCAAGCUCAGGAAGAGGCUCAAAAGGUCUCGCAACUUCACAUGCUGCUGCAAGAAGAGACCUGCGCUCUCGAGAAGCUCCAGCAAGUUCUUGAGUACGAGAAGAGCAGGGUGGUCCAGCUGGAGGCCAAGUCGGAGAGGCAGUUAGCUGAGUUUGAUGCUGAAAGAGAGCAGAUGAAAGCCAAACUAAAGGCAGAGGAGGAAAAGGGUGGAGAGCUUGAAAGACAGGUGAAAGAACUUAUGAAACGGUUAGCUGAGCCCCAGGAAAGUAAAACAGCAGCGACACAGGCUGUGACUGAGGUGAAGGAGUCACAAGGCAAGAUGGUGUCCAGCUCUGUUCAGACUGAGCCUGAUGGAAAGAUCUCUCCAAAAUCCUCCACAGUGCCAAAGGUCAAUGGCCUUCAGUCUCAUAAAGAGGCAGAGCCAUUAACACAUGAAGUGAAAGGAGCAGAAAAUGGAGUGGAUAAUGGAGGUGGAGCACUUCUACAUUCCCCUAUUCACCCCUUUCCUCCUCCUCUCUCUCCCUCCAGCACUGCCUCCUCAUCCCUCUCCUCUUCCCCCGUUUCCUCACCGGUUCUAGCAAAGCGUCUGGGCAGCCCGGGCUUCCUUCAGUCCUACCAAGCCGGAGUCAACCAGCGAUUUCAGGCUGCCAGGCACAAGUUCCAGAGCCAGUCCGAAAUCGAUCAACAGCUGCACGGUGGGCCUCUUUCCCCUAGAGACCUCUCCCCAACCACUGCCUCCACCCCUCCUCCACCAGAACACGGCACAGCUAAGCAGCUGGCCCGCAACACCGUCGCUCAGGUGCUGUCCCGCUUCACCAGCCAGCAGGCCGGAGUAAAAGUUGCGCCAAUUAACAACUCUCCGUUUGGCACAGACUACCGCAAUCUGGCAGGAUCUCCUACAGGGGGCAGGUCGCCUUCUUCAGGGCCAUUAUCUCCAGUCUUUCGCUCUCCCCUUACACCUCGUUCAGAGAAGACCCAUCCUCCUCCAAUUCUACCUAAAAGGCCCGGCAUGAGUCCAACUCCAGGUUCCCCGAGUCACUCUGCUCGGACCAGUCUCUUUCCAGAAGUGACAGGGAACUGUGGGCAGAGCAGUAGUGGGCAGGAGGGAGCCAAGGAAUCAGACCUGGUCUUAUCCUAGUGCCUAAUGUCCAGAUUUUCCUAAAUAGCAGCUGAACAAAUCAGCUACUUCAACUUCGGACGUUAACUGAUUUUAACACACUCAUCACACUCACUAGCAUUCAUGCCACUUCAGUUAAAAUGCCUUGUAAAAGUUUUCAAACCCUUCAAACUUUUUUUGAUUUUGUCUCAUUACAGCUGCAACCUUGAAUGUAUUGAAGGUUGUGGCUGUAAUGUGGCACAGGCUAGCGGAAAGCAGCAAGAGUGCAUUAAUCCUGCUGAGUCAAUAGUUUUUAGAACCACCUUUUGCUUCAGUCGCAGCUGCAAGUCUUCGUCUUAUAGCUCAAGCUUGGGCAAACAGGAUGGAUUUCACAUUGAAACAAAUAGUUCUGCCCCAGAUUCUCAUUUGGACUUCGAUCUGGACUUUGACUAGGUCGUUCUAACACAUGAAAGUGUUUUCAACUAAGCCAUUCAGUUUAACUGACUGUAUCUUUAGCGUCACCUGCCUGCUGGAAGGUGAACCUCUGCAGCCUCUAAAAGGCUUUGUUCUAGGAUUGCUAUGUGUUUAACUGUAUCCAUCAUCCGCGUCCUUGUUCUUGCUAAAGAAAAGAUUACUUUUCCACCACAGCAUUUUACACGUAGACCAAUGAUGGUCUCAUCGUUCUUGCUCUGUCUUUUACAUGGAUUGGGACAGAUUUUAAAUGGACCGUUUUAAUGUUUCCUUUCAACAGCUGCUUUUUUUUUUUUUUUUUUUUUUACCAUUUGUCCAUAAAGGCCAGACUGCAUAACUAUUAGUUGUUGUUGUCUCCCACCUGAGCCAAGAUUUUCUGCAGUACCUCCAGAGUUAACAUCGGCCUCUUGGCUGCGUCUCUGAGCAAUGCUCUCCUCACCCAGCCUGUCACGUUGUGCAAGGCCGUACUCUUUCCAUUUCUCAAAUGAUGACUUGAAAGCCCCUAAAGUUUGUUUCAGAACCUAACCCUGUGCUAAACAUCUCCACAGUUUUAAUACUGACCUGCCUGCUGUGUUCCUUGGUCUUCCUUAUGCUGUUUGUUCUCUAAUGAUCUCUAAACCCUUGAGGCAUUUACAGAACAGCUGAAAUUAUAGACUUAUUUACCCCCAGGAGCACUCUGUUAACUAAUUAGGUGGAAUCUGAGGACAAAUGGUCGUUUCUGGAAGAGUGGUGAAUACAUUAUUAAAGCCAAAUAUUUGUUUGGAUUUUGAACCAUUUGCCCUUUGUCUUCUACACAGUAGUAAUGUACUACUUUGUAUUGGUUUAUCACAUGGAAUCCUGAUAAAAUACGUUACGGUUUGUGGUCAAAAUGUUGAAAACAUGAAAAAGUUGAAUAUAUUUUUCAAGGUGCUGUAUACUGGAUGCAGUGUUUGUUGGAUUCCUACCUCAAAAGCACAACCCGAGAAACAAUUGGGAAAAAAUAAAUAUUUAAAAGAUUUUAUAAAUUCCUUUUAUUGGAUUUAAUAUUUUUUAUUUUAACAUUGCUAUCAUUAUUAAGAGUUAUGGCAAAUGUUAAAUUCAAGGAUUUUAAGUAUUUAUGAGUUGUAGCAUAAACCACUAGUAGAAACCAAGCCUAAUUGUUGACAAAUCGGAUGGACUGUAAUACAUCUGAUCUGAACUAGUGUUAGUUUGGUUUUACUUGUAGAUUUACUUGUCAGAUCUGCUCAAGUAAAAGUACAUUUAUAUUCAGAAACAAACCUAAAAUUAAAAAGAUGCAUCAAAGGUGUGGCUAAUGGAGCAUAUCAAACCUGUAGCUAUCACAAUUUUACAAAGAAAAAAAAAAAAAGACGGUUUAUAAAUGCUUUUCUUGUGAGUCCCUAUGCAAUUUUUACGGAGAUGACCACAGGUUUUGUAUUGUAAAUAUGUCAACAAAUUCUUCCUACAAAUGAACAUCAAAUGCAUGUAUUGUUAUUUGUGUCUUUGUGUCAUGAAAAUACUGAGAGUUGUCUUGAAAAAGGGAAAGCACAUUUUGCACUGCAUUUCCAUGUGUCUACUAAUCAACACAUUUUUUUCAUCAACACUGUAUAUCCAGGGAAUGUUUAAUUCUACUCUACACAAACUAAAGAUGUUCCUUCAUUGUACUACAUAGUACAUAUUUUAAACACAGUUGUGACAGUUUAUACUGUAAAUAUAUGUUUGUCUAUUUGACAUAACACUGUGUCUUGUAGCUGUCCUACACACAAGAUUAUAUUUUUUAUUGGUGUACCAGUUUAUGUCUUAACAUGUUUUUAUUUUAAAGUCAGUAAUCAACUGAAUCACAUUAGUUUUUCCAGUUUAUAUAAAAUCGUACAUGUGCAACCUGCUGGGUCCUUGUUCCUUUUUUUAAUAUCACAUGUAAAUGUCCAUUUCAUUAACAUCCUCACUUUUUAGUGCUUUAAAUAAAUUGUCUGUGCCUAGUGA